GCGAGCAAGAUAAUCCUUCUCUGUUACUGUAAAACAGCCGUUCUCCGGUGACAACCGCUCCGGUUUCGCCCUCCGGUGACAAACACUGACCUAAUUCAAUGUUGGAUCUCAAUCUCUGUAUUCUCUCCGGAGAUUCCGCCUCCGGUUCCGGUUCUGGUUCCGGUUCCGCCGAUCAUUCCAACACCACCGCCGACGAGGAUUUCUCUUCCAACGUUAACUCUGGUUUCACUUUCUCUUUCAGUAUCCUCAACAACAACGGCACCGAAAAUCAACUUGACCGGACGGCCCUGUUUCACCCCGUCGCCGGCGUCUGUUCGCAGAGGAAAUGGCUGGAUCAGUCUGUUAAUCCGGUGAAGAAAGGCCGGCGAGGCCCCAAAUCAAGAAGCUCGCAGUAUCGUGGGGUUACUUGUUAUCGAAGAACAGGGAGAUGGGAGUCGCAUAUCUGGGAUAACGGGAAGCAAGUCUAUUUGGGCGGUUUUGACACGGCCCAUUCUGCAGCGAGGGCUUACGAUCGAGCGGCAAUCAAGUUUCGAGGAGUUCAUGCGGAUAUUAACUUCGAUAUCGGCGACUACAGAGAGGAGAUUAAAGAGAUGAGGAAUCUGAGUAAAGAGGAGUUUGUGCACAUUCUUCGACGGCAGAGCAAUGGAUUUUCGAGAGGGAGUUCCAAAUACAGAGGGGUUACUCUGCAUAAGUGUGGCCGAUGGGAGGCUCGUAUGGGCCAGUUUUUAGGGAAGAAGUAUGUGUAUCUUGGGCUGUUUGAUAGUGAGGUAGAAGCAGCAAGAGCAUAUGAUAAGGCAGCCAUAAAACACAACGGAAGGGAAGCUGUAACCAAUUUUGAUCAGAGCUGUUAUUAUGGCAUGGAGAUUGCCUUUGAAUCUGAAAGCCAUGGCGAUAUUGACCUGAGCUUGGGCAUUGCUCCUCCAUGUCCACCCGAACACCAAACCGAUAACCGGAGUUGGCCGAUCCCAACCCCCUACGGCGGAGCGUCCUCACUCCCGUUCUUCUCCGCCCCAGCAGCAUCAUCAGGAUUCCCUUCUUCUCCCGCCCUUCCUCCGCCCUCGCCUCACCGCCUUCUUCCACCCUCACCUUUCCUCCGCUACCACAUUCCCCCCUCUAUUCCCGCUGCCAGUAACAGUCUAUUAUUAUGAAAUUUGAUUUAAGAUAUACAGUGUUGUGGAGUGUUGGUUGACAGUAUAUUCCUUCUUCCACUUCUGUUUCCCAUUCUGUACGCCUAUCUCAUUUACUGUUGGACCUGAUCAUAUGUGCUUACUACGGUUGAUUUCUUUGAGAGGGAUGAAAGCAAAUAGAUCGACUCGUAUCGUCCAAUUUGAUUGAUUCGAUUUGGUUUGGUUCAAUUCGGGUCUAUAUAAUUUGCUCGAGAAGGUAAAAAUGGGAAAUUUUACCAUAAUUUAUGUUCUGCCAAGCCAGCUGAUGUUUUUUUGUUGAAGACAGAGAUUACUGUUUGUGUUUUUGACCAUUUGGAGUGUUCCUUAUUUCCACCAACAAAAAGCUUCAUUUUUUGUGCCAUGUCCUUUAACUCUUUCUCCUGAAUUAU